UCCCAAAAGCAACACAAAACCCUCCUGUCAUGUUCCCCUACUUCUCUUCCUCUGCCUCCCCCUCGUUCACCAUCCACUUCGCGCGUGCUCCGUGAACUCUCCGCCCCGCCGCCCCGAUGGGGUGCGCGCAAUCCCGCAUCGACAACGAGGAGUCCGUCGCGCGCUGCAAGGAGCGCCGCAUCCUCAUGCGCUCCGCUGUCUCCUCCCGCAACGCCUUUGCCGCCGCCCACUCCGCCUACACCGUCUCCCUUAAGAGCACCGGCGCUGCCCUUUCGGACUUUGCCCACGCCGAUCCCCUUGAGCCCCUUCCUCACAACACCUCCCUUCCAGCUUCCUCCUCCCAUGUUUCUCCUCCCCCUCCUCCUGUUCCCCCUAGUGCUAUCCCCAUCGAUAACCCCCUUCCCCCUCCUCCGCCUCCUCCUCUCUCCGAUUUCUCCCCUGCUCCUCUCCAACGCUCCGCCAGCAUGCCCGACCUCCCCGGCCCUCUUCCGAAGAAGCCGUCUUCUGAACCCCCAACCAUCCCCGAAGACGGCGAGCCGGAUGCUGAUGAUGCCCCGGAUUCAAUCCCUGUCGAUCCCUCGCCGCCGCCUCCUCCUCCCCCGCGUGAACCAUCGCCGGCCCCUGACCUGCUGCCUCCUGUACCGGAACCUAGCAGCGCUUGGGAAUACUUCUUCUCCAUGGAUCAGAACAUCCCCCGCCCUUCACUCGCUCCUGAUACCGAGGAUUUCCCUUCUGUGAAGGAGGAGAUCCAGGAGGCGGUGAAAUUCGAGAAAAAGAAAGCUCCUGUUGUUGUUGAGGCAGAGGAGCCGCCGGCGACGAUGAUGCCAGAGAAGGUCGUGGAGGAGCCCCCGCCUGCACCGGCGCCGCCAGUGCAGAAGGUGGUGAAGAAGGUGAAGCAAGGGGGGACGGGGCAUUCCCAGCUUAAUGCUUCUUCGAUUGGGGCUGUGACGGAGUUGAAGAGAGUGGGGCAACUUAGCUUGGCGAAGAUUUUGAAGGAGUUGGAUGAUCAUUUUCUUAAGGCUUUUCAGAGUGCGCAUGAUGUGUCCAAGAUGCUUGAGGCGACCAAGAUGCAUUAUCACUCUAAUUUUGCUGAUAAUCGAGGACAUAUCGAUCACUCUGCCAGAGUUAUGCGGGUCAUUACAUGGAAUAGGUCAUUCAAAGGUAUGCCCAAUACAGUUGAGGGAAAGGAUGACUUUGAUAAUGAUGAACAUGAAACCCAUGCGACAGUUCUGGAUAAGAUGUUAGCAUGGGAGAAAAAACUUUAUGAUGAAGUCAAGGCUGCUGAGCAUAUGAAAAUUGAUUACCAAAGGAAGGUUGCUGCACUAAACAAGCAAAAGAAACAUGGUACUAACCCUGAAGCACUUGAAAGAGCUAAAGCAGCAGUAAGUCAUUUGCAUACAAGGUACAUAGUUGAUAUGCAGUCCUUGGACUCAACUGUUUCAGAAAUUAAUCAUUUGCGAGAUGAUCAGCUGUAUCCGAAACUAGUGCAACUUGUUGAUGGGAUGGCAACUAUGUGGGAAGCAAUGCAUGGUCAUCAUGACAGUCAGUAUAAUAUUGCCAUGCAACUCAAAUCCCUCGACAUCUUAAGUGUACCCAAUGAUACUAGUGAACAGCAUUAUCGCCGGACCAAUCAGCUUUGUCAGGUUGUGAGGGAAUGGCACUCACAGCUUCAGAAGCUGAUGACCCAUCAAAGAGAGUACAUCCAAGCCUUAAACAACUGGCUGAGGUUCAAUCUCAUCCCCAUUGAAAACAGCUUGAAGGAGAAGGUCUCCUCCCCUCCAAAGGUGUUCAAACCCCCAAUCCAGCCCUUCCUCCAAGCCUGGCAUGACCAGCUUGAGAAAAUACCAGAUGAGCUAGCGAAAACUGCAAUCUUCAGCUUCUCAGAAGCCUUAAAUUCCAUUUGGCUACUGCAACAGGAGGAGCUGAAACUGAGGGAGAGGUGUGAGGAUUUACAAAGGGAUUACUUGCGCAAAAUGCGGGCUUUUGAUGACUGGUGCCAAAAGAAUGCAAUGAAGACACCAGCUGCUGCUGCUGCUGAGGGUGGAGAUCUGGAGACUGGUGAGGGUCCAAUUCAAAGCGACCCGGUGGCAGACAAGAAGUUAAUGUUGGAGCAGUUGAAGGUCCGACUCGACGGCGAGUCAGAAGCCCAUCGUAAAUUAUGUGAGCAAGUUAGCCAGAAAUCACUCAGAAGUCUCAAAACUCACUUGCCCGUGCUUUGCCGAUCAAUGUCAGAGUUCGCUCUUUCGUGUGCCAAAAUGUACCAGGCUUUGGGGGUCGUCGCUCAAUCAAGAGAAUCCAUUGUAUAGAGAUCGAUCUGAUUAUAUAUCUAUUGUAAUUUGCUUUGUUUAUAUAUAUAUAUAUAUAAUUUUAUUUCCUCGUUGUAUUAUAUUAUAUGGUGGAAGAGUUUUGAAAUAUGUUUAUACAGCACAAAUGGCUCAGCAUGAUCUCUGUAGAAAUCUAUUUUAUACAAAUUCAAGAUUCAUAAGGAGGUCAUUUAUGUCAA